AUGCGCAACGCACUUGUAAUCUCGCUAGCAACCGCCUCGAUAACCUCCGCGUUCCUCAUUCCGUCCAACUUUCACACCUCGCUCUCCCGCUACCUCCCGCAGUCCCUCAACCCAAGCGCCAGCACCCCAUCACUGGUCCACAACCAGCAGUCCCCCAUGAACCCUGGUCUUGUUCAGCCUCCCGGCGCUGGCGCGCCAUCCUCUGACACCUCCAAACCCGAAGGCAGUGACCUCACUAUUUCCGACAUCCUCCCACUGUCCCGCUCCAUCAACAUCUUCGCGCAGCUGACGCGGGACAUUGCUUCUGUCACCACGCGACUGUCGACGACAGAUUCGGCCAAUACUACAUUGCUGGCACCGCUGAACAGUGCAAUGCAAGACCUCCCACGGAAACCGUGGGAAGACCGACCGGGAGAUGAAAGCACGGUCAAGGCGGCGCAUAAUGAGCAAAAGGCGGCAGAGAAUCUGCGGAAGUUCGUUGAGAAUCACGUCGUGCCUAUCAGUCCGUGGAAGCAGGGCGAGGAUGGCAAAGUCGACACACUGGGUGGUGAAAAACUGUGGUGGGAGGAGGAGGAUGGGAAGCGUGUUGUAAAGGGCAAGGGUUUUGAGGUCGAGGUCAGCGAAGUGGUGGGCACGGUCGGCAACGGAGAGAUUUGGGCUAUCAAAGGUGUGGUGAACUACGAAUGA